AUGGCUUCACGUCGCCCCGAUCUAGCCCAAUACCCCACCGGUUUUACAAUUCUCCGCAUCUUCCAAGCGGUCCUCAGUAUCAUCACCAUUGUGGUGACAUCUUUCACAAUCCACGCUAUUGUGCUACCAGGAAACACCUUGUUGACCGUUGCUAGCUCGAUUACUCUCAUAGUCUCACUAUGGGGAGCUUUCGCACACUUGUCAUUUAGUCGCUGGUUUAGUUUCCGCGCAGCUUUCGGUCUUGAUGCAAUCCUCACUCUGCUGUGGGGCAUCUCGAUAGCUGUUCUGGGUGCUCAGACAUCGAUUAUGUGGAUGUAUGGCUCCGAUUACUGCGAGAGCCACAAAUGUCCUGAGGACCUACGAUCUAUUAGUCGCUUUUAUGCAUAUGUUUUUGCCAUUUGCUUCGGCCUUGGCGUUAUUGGCUUUAUCUUCUCCUGUGCAACUCUUGUCUUUCAUGGAGUUGUCAGUUGCCGUUCGCAUAAGUACAACCAAAUUGGCACGAACAAGGAGGCUGUACCGGUUAUUGUUACGCCUGAACAUCCUCAGGAAUCUACUUCAUACCAGGGAGCGGCUGGGUAUCAAUCACUAGCAUGA